CUAAAUUGACUCGAGAAAAAGUUCUUAUUGACCUUUUGUUUCUCGAUGGAAUCUUAUAUAGUCGUGUCACAGACGUGUUUUCUACUUUCCCGAAGGUUAUCUUCCCAAGUGGUUAUUGUUCACCUCUGCUCUUGUAUCUUUAACUCUAUUCAAAACUUUUGCACCAGUUCUUUAACUAAACGCGUCUAUGCCAAUAAACCUGAACAAGUGACUCCUCUCAGUGGUCGCUUGUUUGCCACCUGGACUUGGUCUGUUAGUAUGAUUCGUAUUUAUGCUGCUUUCCAUCUUCAACAUAAAUUUAUGUAUGAUCUUGGUAUUGACCUAUUUUCCUCACUCAUUUGGCUUACUCAAGUCAAGGACCAAUACGUCAAAUUUUAUUAAGUAAUAAACAAGCUACUGUAG